GAUAAAAUAUUCCAUUUUCUCUUGUACAUUUAGAUGGUUCUUAAGAGAGGAUGAAAGCUAAAGGGAACUGAGAAAAGAGGAAAGAGAAGGAAGAAUUAAGGCUAUGACUACUGUAGACAACGGAUGUACUUGGGCUGUUGUGAAAUAUCCCUUUUGCGUUGCGAGAAGAGUUUCAGGAAGAAAGAGAGAUCUAUCUUUGCUCUAGUGAUACCCAGAGGGCGCCCUCAUCCCAGGUCUCGCCUCUGGCUCUUAGCCCCUCCUUAUUGGCCUCGGGGGUGGGAGAGACAAGGAGGAGGAGGAGGAGGAAGAAAAAGAAAAAGAAAAAAAGAAAAGGAAAAAGGUAGAGUGCUGUGGGAAGUUGCCUGUUCUACCUUAGUGAAUCUCGGAAAAGGACGGUUCCCUGUUUGAAACACAGCGGGCAGGGGAAAGGAUAGCUUUGGAAACGGAGGCAGAGGCUACAACACCAGCAAGCACCCUUCCCACGGCGUGUUCUCAAGAGCUGCGCUGUUGUAAAGAGGUUCGGCCGCAUUCUGCGCCCCAUGAAGCCAACGUGUUUACCCCAGGUCUUUGUUUCAAAAAAUCUGAUGUUGACAUUGCCGUUGCUUGCUGCCCAGCAUGUUUAAGAAAUCUGAUUGCCAGAAAGAAACAUUGAAUUUUCAUGUCAGCCGCCAUUGGCAUCAUAAGCAUCGAUGGGCUUGGCUUCCAGUGGGACUGAAUGUUAUGAUGAAAGCUUCCUCAUGGAAUGGCAUGAAGUGCAGAGUUUUUCUCCAGCUAUUUCAAGAUGAUCAUUCAUCACUGCUGAUAAAUGUACACCAACAACUCUACAGGCUACGAAAGAAAUAAAUUGUGAUCAAAGCUCAAAAAACUUACAUUCAAAGGAAACAAGGACCCCAGUUUUUGGUUUGAAAUGGUGAGAAGGCUGCUGAGAAGGAAACUUGGUCCUUGUCAGACCAAACCAUUCUUCCUUUUACUUGUUUUUACCCUAAUCAUAUGCUUUUCCAUCUUAACGAUUCAUGAAAAGUCAGACUCGUUAAAUCACAGACAUUUAGAGUUGACUAGAGAAAAUCCAUAUAGUAGCAUUAAUUGUACCAAAAUUUUACUGAAUGACAAAGAAGAAAUACAAAAUGCGAAGCUUACAAUGCUAACAGUGAAAUUUAGAAAUCUCCCUCAGUGGACAAAUGAUGAUUACAUCAAUAGGACCAAAGAUUGUGCUGCUUUCAUUAAGACCCGCAAAUAUAUCAUGGAACCCCUUAGCAAAGAAGAGGCAGAAUUUCCCAUUGCAUAUUCAAUAGUGGUUUAUCACAAAAUUGAAAUGCUUGAUAGGCUCCUAAGAACUAUCUACACACCUCAGAAUUAUUAUUGCAUUCAUGUUGACAAAAAAUCUCCCGAAUCCUUUUUGGCAGCAGUGAAGGGCAUUGCAUCUUGUUUCAAUAAUGUCUUCAUUGCCAGUCAACUGGAGAGUGUUGUGUAUGCAUCAUGGAGUAGGGUCCAAGCGGAUAUCAACUGCAUGAGAGAUCUCUACAGACAGAGUUCAGAAUGGAAAUAUUUGAUAAAUCUUUGCGGCAUGGAUUUCCCAAUUAAAACCAAUCUGGAAAUAAUAAGGAAGCUGAAGUCUUUAGUGAAUGGAAACAGCUUAGAAACUGAAAAAAUGCCUUCCCAUAAAGAAGUAAGGUGGAAGAAGCAUUAUGAAGUUAUUGAGGGCAAGCUAAAAAACACAGGAAAAGAUAAGUCGCUUCCUCCCAUUGAAACACCAAUUUUUUCAGGCAGUGCCUACUUUGUUGUUAGUAGGAAAUAUGUAGAGUAUGUCCUAACCAAUGGGAAGAUCCUGAAAUUUAUUGAAUGGGCUAAAGAUACAUAUAGCCCAGAUGAAUAUUUGUGGGCUACAAUUCAAAGAAUUCCUGAAGUUCCAGGUGCGUUCCCUUCCAGUAAUAAGUAUGAUAUUUCCGACAUGCAUGCAGUUGCUAGGUUUGUGAAAUGGCAAUAUUUGGAAGGAGACAUUUUCAAGGGAGCUCCAUAUCCACCAUGUAAUGGAAUUCAUGUCCGUUCUGUAUGUAUAUUUGGAGUAGGAGAUUUAAACUGGAUACUACAACAGCACCAUUUCUUCGCCAACAAAUUUGAUACUGAUGUUGACUCUUUUGCAGUCCAGUGUUUAGAGGAGCAUCUAAGACACAAAGCUCUAUAUCAGAUGGAAAACUGAAUGUAUUUACUGUAAGAGAAAAGUGAAAAUAUCAAAGAUGGAAGUAUAGAGUGUCUUCUGUAUUUCAGAGGAAAAAACAUGGAAGAAAUCACAUUCUAAAUUAUCUAAAUUUCACUGACUUCUAGUUUUCUACAGAAUGCAUUUGGUUAGAAAUACUUUGAAAUCAAGCUAUGAAGUUGGAGUUAAAUAAAAUGUAUGUUUGAGGAAGGAAAGAAAGGAGUCAUGGUCUUUCCUAUUAAUAAUUAUAAUCUAAAAAUGAUCUUAUUUUUCAAAAACAUUUGCAUAAAUGAAGUAAAUAUAUAUUUGUAUGUAUGUAUGUUUGCAUAUCUUUCCACAAUAUUAAAUUAUUUUUAUAUAUAUUUUGAGUGAAGAUGGACAGAUUAUUGGGAAUGGGGGUAUAGGAUCUGGAGAAGAUGCAGAUAAAAGGAGCAAACUCAGCUCAGGGACCAAAAAUAAGAAAUUUUUCACUCUGUAGAUUUCAGUGGUGUUGAAACUAUUGGGAAAACUUUGGAGUAUGAAUGUUUUCUUGAACUGAAUUAAACUUAAAAGCAACAACCAAUCACAAGGAUACAAUUUACCUUUCAAUAAUAUUUUGUGUAUAUAUUGUGAUAUGUUUGGUGUUUGUUCCAAAUGAACCAUGUGAAACAAAGCUUCUAUUUCAGUUGGAAAAAUUCUGUAUUAUACAAUGUUCUUAUGUAUAUCUUCUCAGGGGACAUAAAAGCCAAGUGCCUGAAUUUCUAAUAUGUAGUAUUUUAAAUUAAUUUCAACACUCAUUUUAUUUUUUUCAGAAAAAAUGCUAAUACCUUGUUCAUCUGAUAUCAGUGAUCAUGUUUCUAAAAUCUUUGAAAUAUGUUGAUCUGUCUCAAACAAAAUAGACAAGCUAGAAUAAUGAUUAAAAAUUGGCACAUACUCCACUUCAGGGAUUCUUAAGCUGGUAUCUUUGAACAACAAGUAAUAUUUUAAUAAGGGUAUUUCAGUAUAAUUGGUUUCCUUUAAAAUGCUGUGUAUUUUAUUUUAUCCAUUUAAAAACAUGAUGCUGAGGAGAGGUCUAGAGACUUUGCCAGCCUGCCCAAGGGGUUCAGGACACCCAAAAAUGGUGAGGUAUCUCUUGAUCUAGUGUCUUUGCAUAAGGAAAAUCUAAUUUUUAUAGUACAUCAAAAUUUAUUUGUUAGCCAGUGAUCAGGACACCUGAAAAAUGCUAAUACAGAAAAGGCCAAAUGGGGGUUAGAAAGAAAAAAAAAUGUAGCAAAGAUACACAGUUUCUAACUGCUACAAUGAAGAAUUUUAAAAGAAAAUAAAACAUGGGAAAUAAGUUUUUCUGGUACCUAAAUAAUAGUUGACACUUGUAAAUAUUUAACACUUGUCUGAUUUGAAUGGCCAAAGAAUGAUACUACAAUUAAUAAUAAAUGACAUUUAUGUAACCCAUUAAUUUUUGAAAAGUGCAAUAUAUAAAUUGUUUCAUUUUAUCCUUAUACUCACUGUGUGAAAUAGAUAUGUUAAACUUUUUUUUUCCUUUUACAAAUGAAGAAAUAGGCCUUCAGUGGUUAGAUAAUUUUUCCAGGGUCACAUAAUAAAAUGUAAGUGUUUGAAGUAU